AUGGCGGAAGAGCUCGUCUGCCCGAUUACGCAGGAGCUGCCGGUCGACCCGGUGACAGCCGAAGACGGGCGCGUGUACGAGCGCAGCGCGAUCGAGGCGCACAUCAAAGGGCGCAGCGCGGAGGCGCUCAAGUCGCCGAUCACCAACGAGCCGAUGGGCCCGCGGCUCUUCCCGGCGGUGCAGACCCGCAACAACAUCGAGCGGAUGGUCAAGAGCGGUGCGAUUGGCGGCGACAAGGCGGCGGCGUGGCAGAAGCGGAUCGAGGAGGAGAAGAGGGUGGCGGAGACGCGGCGCAAGGCGGAGGGCGGCGACAGAGACGCAAUGGCGGAGCUCGGCUUUUGGUACAAGGACGGGCAGAAGGGACUGGCGGUGGACCUGAAGCAGUUCGAGUGGUUUGAGCGGGCGGCGGAGCUGGACGAACCGACCGCGCUCUCAGCGUGCGCACAGGCCUUGCUCGAAGGAAAGGGCGUCGAGCGCGACACCGCACGAGGGCACUUCAUGCUCGGUGCGGGCUGUGCGCUAGGGGCGGAGCACGCCUGCUACUUGAAGGGUUUCGGUCACCAGCUUGGGCUCUGGGGCCUCAAGAAGGACGACAAGCAGGCCACUCGCUGGUUCCGCAAGAUGCCAGGCUGCUCAGUCAAGAACAGCGCCGGAAACCGCGAGAUUGCGGCCAAGUGGCUGCGCGAGCACGCUCCGAUUGUUUGA